AUGAAAUCAAUUAUUCUGAUUGCACUCAUUGCUGUGGCCUUUACAGCCAGAGUCCAAGAGAGAAAUAUGGCUAAGGUGUAAGCUGAUUUAGCUAAAAGCACCUAUGGAAAAGCCUUACUUCACUUGGUUGAAUUACACUCAAUGGCUGGAGGACCAGUUCAAGAAUUAAUUGAUGCUAUUGAAGAACUUAUCAAUGAUUUGGAAGAUGAAUUAGAAGAAUUAGAAUUCAAUUUCUAAGUGAGAACAAAUGAACAUAAUGCCUUAGUAGUCAGUUUGGAACAAGACAUCCAAGAUGCUGUAAUUGAUGUCAAUAACACACAAGACACAUUGGACAAUCUCCUCUACCCAAGAAGAGCCUAAAUCUAAAGCAAGAUUGAUUCAGUCAUUGGAUAUCAAGAGGACAACAGAAAGAAUUAUGAUGAAGCAAUCUUAGUUAGAGAAUAAGAACACGAAGCCUUCGAAGCAUAAGUUGCUGAAUUGAAUGAUGCUACUGCCUCAGUUGAUGAUGCUUUGGCUCUUCUUGCUUCCCUCACUAACCCAUCAUUGUUAUAAAUCAGAAGAUUCUAAAACACACUCAAGAACAUCGAAAACAAGAUCAGAUCAAGAUCAAGAAUGGCACCCAUGAUCAAGGCCUUGAUUAAUUUGGCUUCUAAUCAAAACUUCUCUAAUCAAGACGUAUUGAAGAACAUUGUUGAUGCUCUCAACGAAUUCAGAAAUGCAGUCGUUGAUUAAAUCAAUGAUUUGACAGCCUAAGAAGCCUAAGACGUUGUUGAUCACGAGGCUUACCUUGAAUAAUUAGAUGAGGAAUACAGUGAAUUCUAAAGAUAAAUCAACAGAGCUACAGUCGACUUGACUGCCACCAAUGAGAAAAUUGAUUCAAUGACUGAAUUCAGAGACCAAAGAGCAGCUGAUUAAAAACAAUACACUGCUGAAUUGGAAUUAGAAAACAACACUUAUGCUGAAGAAACUGACAUCUAUACUAAUACCAAGAAUGAAUUCACCAGAGAGUUGGGAGUCAGUGAAUCCGCCUUGAGUUUAGUCAAAAGCGUAGAUUUCUCAAACAUCAAAGUUUGAUAUUCAUCCAAAAUAUUAUAAAUAUCAUUUAAUUUUAUGAUC